UUGACAGCGGAGGCCACAUCCAUUUUCUACAGUAGAUACACCAAUAUGUAGCUCAGAAGGGGGGGGAUACAGUAACAUACCUUUUGUGGGAAAUGACCCAGGGGUUGUCGAGCAAUGCACCGGGUGGCCGACUGGGGACCGCGGGUAUCAAAUAUUAGAUGUUCAAGCGCCCAGACAGGCUGAUGGUCACCCGAAUUGCGUGAUAGCACACUAGAUGGCGUCGGGCGAUCCUACCUACCUUCGUCGAGGACGUUGCGACAUCCCCAUAUUCUCUUUGACGGUCUACUUUGAGCGAGUGGCUCGCCCCGUGCUGCGUCGGAAGUCUGCACAUGCUAUUGCCACGCAUAUAUUUGACCGUGAUCUCGAUGCCGUGCCGUUAGUCAUGCACUCGUUGCCCGGACUUGGAGUCAUAGAUACGCUGCCGCACCCCGCAGAGCCGCACCCCGCUUGUCCUCCUCCCCACGACCAGCGACAACGUCCAAGAUGGCCUCGGAGAAGCGUCAGAAGGCGAUUGAUCUCUCUCACCACCUCUCUGACAUCUCGCGGGCGAGGGAGACGUCACCGUUGAAGGGCCUCGGGAAGUACUUCGGUCGGCCUGGCCUGAUAAGCCUCGCUGGAGGCCUACCGAGCGAGGCGUAUUUCCCUUUCAGCGGGAUAAGCGGUGACGCGCUCGUCGCGGAUUCGUUCUCCUUGAAGCCGACUGAGCAGGAAUCCUCUUUGUCCUGGAUCUGGAAGUUGUUCAGCAGGACGAACAAGGAGAAGACAAACACGAUCACCAUCCCGAAGUAUGUCGAGCACCCGGCCGAAGAUGUUAAUCUCGCUGUCGCCCUGCAGUAUGGGAUGGCCACAGGGCUUCCACAGCUCCAGAAGUUCAUCAAGGAGUUCGUAGAGAAGAUUUACCAGCCCGCAUAUGAGGAUUGCACCGUCAUGGUACACACUGGGAACACCGAUGGGUGGUCACGGUGCAUGCAGACCCUCAUGAACCCGGGCGAAGCCUUCUUGACGGAGGAGUGGACAUACCCAUCGGCCGUAGCAUCGAGUAAGCCGUAUGGCAUGCAUGCUGUUCCAGUCGCCAUGGACAAGGAUGGCAUGAACCCUGCUGCGCUGCGCAAGGUUCUCGCUGAGUGGGACACCACGACUCAGGGCAAGCGCCCUCAUGUUCUGUACACCGUACCCGUCGGCCAGAACCCCGUCGGCUCCACCAUGGGUGCUACUCGCAAGAAGGCUAUCUAUGAUGUCUGCGUCGAAUUUGACAUCAUCAUCGUAGAGGACGAUCCGUAUUUCUUCUUGCAGCAGGGCGAGUAUGUCCCUAAGGCAAGCCGCGCAGAUACCGCGGACGCCUCGUCCGAGGACGCUUGGCUUGCUGGACUCGCACCGAGUUUCCUGAGGUUCGACUAUCAGGGACGUGUGGUGCGCCUGGACACCUUCUCCAAGUACAUCGCUCCAGGAUCGCGACUCGGUUGGCACACUUGCAACCCGCUGUUUGCGGAGAGGCUCGAGAGGCAGGGCGAGACCUCCGCACAAGCACCGUGCGGCUUUGGUCAGUCGUUGAUAACCACGCUCUUGAACCACUGGCAGAUGGAUGGCUACACGCGCUGGCUGCACGGGCUGGCCAUUCAAUACAAGGCCCGCCGUGACUGGUUCAUCGACUGCCUCGCGGAGGAGCUCCACAUCGAGGCAGCCACCUCGAGCACGGUCAGCUUCUGGAAGGACUGCGUCGUGUAUGACGCGUAUCCGAAGCGCAGCACCGGGUGGUUGAUGUCGGAGAAGGGUUCGGUCGAUACGAAGAUGUUGAGCUUCGUCCCGCCGACCUCUGGGAUGUUCGUCUGGAUUAAGGUUCACUUUGACAACCUCCCUGCGUAUAGGAGGAUUGGUGAAGGCGACGAGAGCCCUGAGAUUCAACUCUGGACCAAGAUCGCAGACGCGGGUGUUCUCAUCUCCCCUGGAUGGUUCUUCGCUGCGGACGUCGAGAACCCACCCACGGACGAGAUGGAGGGCCACUUCCGUAUUAGCUUCAGCAACGCCGACUUCGACACGUUGAAGAAGGCCGCGCAGAUUAUCGCUAGGGAGACGGACAAGUUCUUCAAGGCGUAGAUUGAUGAAAUGUAGACACUGUUUGGUUUAGACCUGCUGUACAUUGCUAUGUUAUAUGUACUGUGUCUUGGUGGAAGGUUUCUCUCAGAGACAUGUUCGAGACAAAAGCGAGGUCGUAUGGCGGCCCGUUUGUGGAAAUAAUCGGAUCGCACGAAAUGUAAUAGUACCUACGAAAAGUAUAAUAAAUGCACGAAAUGUGUAUUCACGAAAUAUUUGGAACCACUCACGAAAAGUUUGGAUGAUCACGA